GUCCAAGAUAGGACCAGCAACAAUGAUAGCCCCUCUUGCCACUUUAUGUUCAGGGCUGGUAAAUAGUUAGAGGAAACCGACAAAGUUACUGGCAUUAAUCUGCGAUGGACUAGUAUACCAUUCCGAAGGACUUAUGAUACUCUUAGGCCCUUUAUUUAUGCUGCCAGAAGGGGUGCUUAUGUAAUGACAUGGUUUCUCUGAUAUCCCUAGCAUUGUUACAUGUACAGACUAGUCUGUAAGCUUAAAUCAUUGUUUAUUUUCAGUACCCAGUAGAGGACCAUCACACCUGCGAUUGUCAAACUUACAGACCGGUAAGGUGAAGGUACAGUGGGAUCCUCUUCCUCAGCAGUAUGCCAAUGGUCGAAUCCUGGGGUACUCCAUUUACGUUUAUGAGAAUGACUACUAUGUGAAUUAUAUUAAAACUGUAUACUCCAAUAGCUCUGGUGUCCACAUGGCGAUUGUGAGAGGUCUAAAGGCAGCCCAGCGAUACAGAAUUUCAGUUGCAGCUUUUACUUCAAAAGGAGUGGGACCACAAUCUUAUGGUUACAUUACAACUGGUUGUGGAGGAAGUUUAAACAAGUCCUUUGGCGAGUUGCAAGUUAGUCCCAGACGCUACUAUAGUUCUUACUUGCGAUGCAACUGGGCAAUUGGCAACGCAGGAAUCAACCAGGCAGUUCUUGUUGUCUCUUUACAAGAGUUGUACCUCUCGUACUACUAUGAAUAUAUCAAGAUCAUCGAUGGAGAUGGCUUAAUAGCUUUUAAUCGGUAUGGACAUUCGUCCUCUCCUUGGAAAACUUUCCUGGAAGUCAGUUAUGGAAACGCUACGAAUGUCACGGUAGAGAUCUACCUUACACACUACUGGAGUCAGUUCAAGCUUCAGUACGGAAUUGUGAAGCAGGGGCUUCAGUCAGCUCCGCUGAUUCCUAACUGGAAUGUAUCAAUUGAUAACGCAACAAAGAAUAGUAUUACAAUUCAGUGGCCAAAUCUCACACCAAUCCUGAAUGAAGCAGUUCUUCAUUACUUUGGACUUAUCAAAAGCACUAAUGGCAGUAUUCUAAACUGCCACAUCAUGUCUGCAAAUAGUACUUCCGUCGCAUUCAGCGGCCUGUUGCAAUACAGCGAGUAUCGUCUGAGUGUUGUUGGUGUAAAUGGUAUUGGCCAAGCUUACAGUAGUGCUGAAGUCAGAGCCUGGACGGAAGAAGGAGUUCCUAGCAGGGCACCAUCAAAUAUUACUUUCACAAAUGUAAGAUCUACUGAAGUCACAGUUAACUGGAAUCCUCUGCCUGAGCAGUAUGCCAAUGGGCGGCUGUUGGGAUACAAUGUCUACUUCCAGGAGACUGCGUAUUACUCUGUAUCAUCAAACACCAACAGUGUAAACGUCACUACUAAUAGCACAAGCGUGACAUUUACAGGACUAAGGCCGGGACAACGCUACCAUACCUACAUCUCUGCUUUUACAUCUAAAGGAGUAGGACCGCGUUCUUACUUCUACUACAUAACAACAGCUUGCAAGAUCGCAAUUAACCAAUCGGCUGGGCUCAUAGAUGUUACACAAACAGAUUACAACUACUUAUAUUGCUCUUGGACGAUAGAAAAUGUUGGUAUAACCCACGCAGUAGCCCUCUUUCUAAUCCAGAAGCUGGAUUUAACUUAUUGCAGUGAGUUUGUAAAGAUCUCCGACGGCAAUGGAACUGUCAAAUUUCACCAGACGGCCGGGGGUUGCUGGUAUUCGCUUAGUCCACCUUUGGUCGAAGUUCCUUUCGGCAAAUCCAGCAACAUUACAGUCAAUAUCAACUUUAGAAAACUGUACAGCCUUGCUAAAAUUCAGUUCGUGGUUUUGCAAACUGGCCUCGAAUCAGCUGCUCUGUUUUCUGGCUGGACAGUGUCAGUGGAUAACAACACCAGCACCAGUAUCUCAAUUCAGUGGUCAAACCUAACAAGUCUACUCAACCGCAAAGUUCUUCAUUAUGUCAUCCUUUUGAACAGAACGAACGUGAAUGCAGUGGCCUUUGAAGUUACAGACGGAGGCAGACUCAGUACGGAAAUUGGUGGACUCGAUCAUUUGACAAAUUACGAAGUAACGGUUUUCGGUGUGGAUGAGCGAGGUCGGCCUUACAAAACUCUUGAAGUGAAUGCCACAACUAGAAACAUUUCAUGUGGAUCUCGCCCUAGCAGUUCUCGAAUUGUUGGAGGGACCAUAGCACCAAUUAACAGCUGGCCCUGGCAGGCAAUGCUGCUGGACGGUAGCGGUAGACAGUUUUGUGGAGGUUCUUUAAUUUAUCCUCGUUGGGUUGUUACGGCCACUCAUUGUAUAUAUGGAAAGACCGCGUCAUCUGUUAAAGUGAGGUUGGGAGCUCAUUACAGAUCUUAUGGCACCGUUGGGACAGAACAGGACUUCGAUGUUGUACAAAUUAUCCAGCACGAAAGUUACAACAUCCCAUUUAGAUGGAGCAACGACAUCGCUGUUCUUCAGUUAUCGAAACCCGCUAAACUAGGCAAAGGAGUUGGUCUUGUUUGUCUAUCAGAUAUCGAAUUUCAGCUUCCGUUCGAUGAUCUUAACAAAACUUGCUGGAUAACUGGCUGGGGAACACUCUCCUAUCUUGGCAUCACUCCAAACGAACUUAUGCAAGUUGAUGUGCCUCUGGUAUCAAAGCAACGCUGUAAUGCAUCUUAUCCUGGCCUAAUAGAUGACUCCAUGAUGUGCAUUGGCCAGGAUCAUGGAGGAGAGGGCGCUUGCAAUGGCGACAGCGGAGGGCCGCUUGUUUGCGAGUUCAAUGGUAAAUGGUAUCUGGAGGGAGCCACCAGUUGGGGAGGAGUGCCAUGCGCCGCGCCUUCAAAAUAUACGGUAUACGCCAACAUUCGUAACUUAAAGUCAUGGAUAAAAAGCAAGAUUAAUUACGCAUCAACUCCUGAUUUGACAUCCUGUGACUUUGACGUUGGCUUGUGUUCUGGCUGGCAACAGUCCUACUCAGACGUGUUUGACUGGACACGUAAGACGGGUUCAACUUCAUCCAUCGGUACGGGACCCUCAUCGGAUCACACAACUGGAUUAGGGUACUACAUGUAUAUCGAGACGUCUUAUCCUCGAGUCGCUGGUGAUAAUGCAAAGCUUACGUUCUAUGUAUCUGGCAAUAAACAGCUGUCCUGUCUAAAGUUCUAUUAUCACAUGUAUGGAGAUACUAUGGGAACUCUGACUGUCUUCAGCGGAAACUUGGUAGUAUUUAGCGAGUCAGGAAACCAAUACAACGUUUGGCUAAAAGCAGAGAGAACCAUUUACUUGGAUUAUAGUAUCACAUUUGAAGGAAUAGCAGGAUCUUCCUACACUGGUGACAUAGCCAUUGAUGAUGUUUCAAUAAGCAGUGGAAGUUGCCUUGGGCAAACUGCUCCUCCAACUCUACCACCGACUAUAUUACCAACAACCGUUCCCGCAAUCGCUUCAUGUGACUUCGAUUAUGGACUGUGCUCUGGCUGGCGACAGUCCAACUCAGACAUCUUUAACUGGACGCGACAUUAUGGAUCAACACUAUCUUCUAGUACAGGCCCCGAUCAAGAUCAUACUAGUGGGUCAGGAUACUAUAUGUACAUCGAGACGUCUUCUCCCCGAGUCGCCGGUGAUAACGCAAAGCUUAUUUUAUCAGUAUCUGACAAUAAACAGCUGUCUUGUCUAAAGUUCUAUUAUCACAUGUAUGGAGGUACCAUGGGGACUCUUACUGUCUUCAGUGGAAACUUGGUAGUAUUCAAUGCGUCCGGAAACCAUGGUAACUACUGGAAUGAGGCAAACGUAAACAUUUAUUUGGAAAACGACGUAAGUUUCAAUGUGUCAUCUUUUACCUGAACGUAACACCCCGGCUGUUAACAACAAAAAAUACUCACCGUCCACCUAAUGAACAAUAACAUGAAUUUUGGUAAACAAGUUCGUAAAUAAAAAUACAAUACAAAACAACACAAAACAAACCACGCCAAAUCAUUUAAACAUGAUUAUUUCUACUUACUUCUACACAAGAUCAGAUUUCCCUCAGACAUGACAUUCGUAGACCCUAUUCUUUUUGAAACAGAUAUCUUCAUCUCAAACCCUGAGACGAGACAGUGUUACUCCUUUUGUUAUUAAACAACAAUCAAACAAACGAAACCGAAAAAACAAACAAACAAACAAACAAACAAACAAAGAAACAAACAAAAAAAACACCAAGCAAAGCAAAAGAACUUAAAAAGUUUAAAGAUGUACUUACAAAGUAAAUCUUAGGGACUUUUGCUAAAUAGUUUUAUCUUCCUUCGCUGCAUCUUUUGUAUUUGUCUGAAACCAGUCACCCAUUGCCACAUUGGUCUGUAUUUCCAUUUGACCUUCAUGGUAA